AUGCAGCUGCCCUACCCAGAGGAGCUGGGCGCACAAGGAUCGCUGGCCUAUGCCAACAUCAGGGAGACAUUUCGGCAGAUCCACACGACCGAAGGCCUUGUGGCCCUGUACAGAGGUGCCUCUAUCGUGUGGCUAAAGGGGCCUUUGACUGUUGGCCUGGCUUUCGGCGUGAACGAUGUGUUGAAGGGCAUUCUUCACAAAAGGCGGGCGUCAGACGAGCACGACCAGUAUGUCGCCCUCCCCGGCCAGCCUGUGACGGAUGGCGCCGCAGCGCAGAAGCUGAGUGCAGUGGAGAGCUUGGUAGUUGGCGGAGCAGCUGGAGCAGUUGCCAAGACGGUGAUCGCACCUCUGGACAGAAUCAAGAUCAUGUACCAGACGGAUAAGACCCGCCGUUUCUCCUGGCGGGAUGUGAUCUUCCGCUUGAAAGAAAUACACAGCUCUGAGGGUGUUCCUGGGCUUUGGAGGGGGCACGGUGCAACGCUGCUUCGCGUGGUGCCCUACUCUGCGACGAGCUUCACCGUCUUUGAGCCCUACAAGGCCUGGCUACGUUACACAGUGCCCGACCUGGGUGACGUGCAG